AUGGAGGCCGUGUUUACCGGUAUUGACCGCUCUCACUCUCCUCGUCUGGCUCGACUCCUCCACUCCCUCCUCUACAACGUGCAGACAUUCAGCGGGCAGCAGGGCAUCUCGACGCCGACGUCCUCCAUCGACGACGCCGCGCAGGUCCGUCGCCGACUCGACCGCCGGUCUAGCGUACGUUUUUGUGCUGUCGUCGUGGAUCAGACCGGUGAUCAGACUGAAACUGUUGGCAUGCAGAGAGACUCGUCGUUCUACUCCCGCGCCGGCUCGACGAGGGAGAGCCCGGUGAUCCUGCCGCCGACGGCAGCGGUGGGCAGGGAGCAGCCGAUCGCCCGCGCCACCUCGUGCAGGGCCAUGGCGGCGGCGGUGGCGGCUUCCACGGCCCGAGCCGCGUGCAACCCAUCGUCCAGUGCCGUGCCGGACCACUUCAACCUGCUCAACUCCGCGCGGGCGCCGGCGGCUGCUCCGCACCUGGACCCGUCGCGCGCUACCACGUCGUCCCUGGACGAGGCGUCCGUGUCCGUGAGCAACGCGAGCGACCUUGAGGCCACGGAGUGGGUGGAGCAGGACGAGCCCGGCGUGUCCAUCACCAUCCGCGAGUUCGGCGACGGCACCAGCGAGCUCCGCCGCGUCCGAUUCAGGCAAGUCCAUGGCCACUAG